AUGCGGCCACACACCCCCUCUCUGGAUACAGCUCACGUAGCAGCCGUGGCCGCAGGACCUACUUCACCGCCAGAGACGCCAACUAAUGGGUCACCCAAGGCCCACCGCAAAACAACAGCACUAAACGGCCGCUCACAACGGCAUUCAAAGGCACACAGCCAUCAAGACCACCUAGCCAACAUCCGGCCAUUAGGUGGAACUAAAUUCAGUUAUACUAGAGCGCCGAGGCCCGAGGAGAUAUCACCUCGUUCCUCGCAUUCCUCCGAUGAAGAAUCUGAUUCAUCUGCAAGCCCCCCGCAGUCGCCACUCUCGGACGUACCAAAACUGCGCCACCAACACGUGGAGCAGGCAACUGCAGUCCAGGUCGGACAAGCAGCCUUCUCAAUUGAAGAGUUGAGUGACGAUUGUGCUCUUAAUACUGAGUAUGAUCACCUGGAUGUUAUUCGACCGUAUGCUUUUGAGUACGCCCGUUCGGAUCGAAGCCGAAGUAGGUCAAGCUCCCGGCAUCGGCCUCCGCCGGACAUGGAUCCGGCUGUAAUGGAAGGUAUUGAAAACCUAAACACCUUCGAAGAUUCGGAUGAGGAUAUCGAUCGGAAUAACGAAGAAUUCAUUCGGCAUCUUCAAAAGACACGUGAGGAACGCCGCCUUAGGAGGAUGAAGUCCGGAAGUCUUAGCAAGCGAACAGUAAGCGAGCGGGACAGCGAUUCUGAUAGAGAGGAUGUACUUCCAUAUUACGAAGGGAACGAGACGGGCCCAACUCGUCGGAUGCGGCGAAAGGUUGGUGACCGAAGCAGUAUCCAAUUCACUGGCCCGCUUCCCGAACGGAUUGAGGAGCUCAAGGAGCCGAACAGUGAUGACGAAAUCAUUCUAGAGGAUGCAGAGAUUCUCGCAAGAGAGUUGCCAUAUUGGACUCUGAUGGACGUUGACUCCGAAUAA